AUGAGCUCAGCCUACAUCCACACUUCUCUCGUUGGCGGCUCUGCGGGCUCCGCCUUCAUCGACAUGGUCGCGUUGGUCGAUGGUGCUCAUGAUGGCCAGCUCAUCCUCGAUACCAAGAACCCCAUUCGCCGCAUCGGCAUACAGCAUGACAAGGUGGUCGAGGGCUUGCAGACCUGGUACCAGAUCAAGCCUGAAUUUCAGACCGGCGGCAAUCCACUCCUCGCCGUCGCGCACGGUACCUAUACCACCACCUCCCCGACCAUCGUUGAGUUGAACGCCAACGAGAUUGUGCUCGCCGUCUUCGGCCGUGCCGGCUACCAGACGUUCUACGAGCGCAAGCUGGUCAAUAGCCUCGGCUUCGUCAUAUACGACCAGUCCACCCUCGCUGUUCGUGUCGAAGGGCCUUUCGGUAACAGCGAUGGGUCGAACGAUGGAGAGUCUUUCAACAUCUCCGACCCGAUGGCCUUCGGAGGCUACGCUCAGACGAGUGGGCCUUUGGCCCUUUCGGGCUUGUCCUGCUACAAGGGCCUCGCUGUCGAGUGA